AUGCCGCUUCCGUCCGCGCAGACGUCGAUUACCGUAAGUUUUCACUGAACAUUUUGGAAAUUGUAGCACGUUUGCAUGCAUAAUCCUGAAGAGCAACGUGUCCCUUAUUGUUGCGUCUGAUUUUUUAUUGUAUCGACCGCUUUAACUGCUACCUCUUUCGAAAGCCACCGUCGCACACACUGUUGGCCAAAAAUUGCAUCCCCUACUAGACUGCGACUCGCCAUGCUUUUGGUUAAUAUACUUUAAAAUAGACAAAAACCGGAAGAGGGAUCGGAUCUAUAUUUUAUGUCCUAUUAACCCACACCUUGGGCCCGUGCAUAGUUAUGCACACUGAUAAUAAGAUGUGGGAUUUGUUUUUGUCAUGUUUCAUCCACGACCCACACAGCAACAGUAUAUCGAUUUGUAGUCCUUUUGGCGAUGCGUUGCGUAAUGGGCUACGUCAGUAACUGAUCUACUCUUCCACGCCUAUGCUGUCGCACGAAUGUAACCGGCGGUAACCAUGUUCAUUCGUCAUCAGUAUGCCCGCCAAGACAUUUGCAUGAUCAUUCCCAUGUAAUAACUUUUGUGAUAGAAGUGUGCCCUAGGGGUGACAAUUGUUGAUUUUCUAGUAAUUUUUUUUUAAAGAACACGGAGAUCAGAUCUUUGUACCGUGUCCUAACUACGCGUACCAAACGGUCGUAUACAUGUCUGCGCCUCCGCCUUCUCAUCAAUUGCCUGUUCAUUAGCCAAGUUGCCGACCAUAAUGAACUGGGACGCUGCAUUGCACAACGUAGAUUGAUCAGGCAGCUUUUAAUACCAACCCCGUGCACCCAUGCAGUUGCCCGUGUCUUUCUUAAACGGACUAGUCUCAUUCGAUGGGAACGAAAACAACGCAUAGGCGAUAACAGCUAAAGGAGCGAAAUAUUAUGAACUAUGAACCAGCGCAACAUAAUUACCUGAGCUUAAUCGACAGUAGUUGGAAUGUCUACCUACCGAUCGUCCAAACGUUUUAGUCGGAAAUUUAGACACGGACAAUUGUUGGAAUUAAUAAUUUGUUAAAUUUUACAGAUUAUAAUUACUGCUAAUUCCUGAGGCAUAUAGUGUAGUGUUUAGCACACUUGGUCUCACAUCCGAAGGUCUGUGGUCCUAUCUUCGGUGCAGCAAUUAAUAGACCUACUGCGGGUAUAACUCAAGCGCACAACUGACUUCCAGACGCUAGGACACCUACAACACAGAUGAUCCGAGUCCUAUCAGCAGCGUCCCAUUCCAGCUGUUCUUGCCAUAGCUAAAGUGCUACGCAACAGAAUUCAUCCCUCUAAGCCACAAAAUGAGAAGUUGGAGUCUUAAAGUGCGUAUGAAAAAUUCACUUCUGUAAAUUAUGGACAUUUUCAUAGUUCCGUCCUAAAUUCAACACCUUUCAAACACGGUUAGAGGGCACGAAGUCCAGUGCCUGCAGUAAUCACACUUGUCUCGGACGAUUGUCCACUUCAGCAGUUCCACAGUUUUGGGAUUCGAGUGGGAUAAGGUCGGUGAAUGUAGGUAACCACUCCACAAAUCCGCCCUGGCAACUUUAGCAGCCGUCGGUAUGGUGUAGAGGGGAAAAGACUCCUAGAAUGGCCCUCCUGUGCCAAACUGUCAGGUAACUAAAAUUGAGUCGAAGGUCAGCUAACCAUCCACAAUCAUCCAAAGUCCCAGAAAUUAUUUUCUGUGGGUGUUCAGCAAGUUCUCCGACGCCCUUUUUGGGCGGACCCCAAUCCCCAGGGAUCUGCACCUCCGCCCUUUCAUCUCUAAGUACAGUAUAUUGCCAUGACUUCACAGAGAUAAUCAGCAGCGCUCCUGCUUUAACCUUUUAUGUUUUCGAGUCGUACAACCCAUCGGGAUGCAGUGGCAGACCCAGUUGCCAACAGACGUGGCGCACAUUGGGACCCCUGCCAUCCCCUCCCCCCACUUUUGUCGAUGGUUAAUAUCCUGGUCAUUUGCUGUGUGCAUCAGGGGGCGUGGAGUGGAACGCCAAGAUGUAGGUUCGGCCGUGCCAUCCGUCUGCGCCCUCCCCGCCUCCGGUCUUCUUGACUUUGUCUUGACACCGGGCCGAGGUGGGGAAGGAGGAGUGCAGUAGAUGCUGUGCAAGUCUACUCCCACCAUAAACUAACUCACGCACGAGUCACCGUGCGUACUCUCACCUCACUGUGAAGCACACGGUAGACAUCGUCGGGUGCGACGGUCGAACUGUCGAAAUUGGACUCCAGUGAUGGAACAGGCUAUUCCUUCAUUUUGUAGGCGCUCAUGUUUUGGCAGACGCUCCCAUGCCUCAUGAGCGUCUCGGGUGUCGCCAACUGUCUUCUAGCGUCACUCGAAGUUUGAGUUUCACACGGACCGGAGGUAGCCAUCCUGCGCCAUUCGAUGAGACCGAAAGGCCCUCUGCCACCAAAAGGAACCUCUCGAUUCCUUUGCCAGAUAGAGAAAGGUUUCGGGCAGAAUAUCUGGGAGACUACCUUGGACACGGGUUGUCCAACACACAGUCAGAAGGAAGGACUUGUAUUCUCAGGUCGAGGCUCACACGACAAUACUUGACCACACUUUCAAAUUUGCCGUGGCCGAAACUCACCCUAAAGCUGUCCGUCGCGAAAGUUGCAUAUUAAUUGAAUCACGUUUAUCCGGAAUGCAGUCCACCAAUGGUUCCCCUCCUCAUUUUCCACACUGCGAUCACUUGAGUGGAGUAAGUAGUUAUGCAGGGAACGAACAGGUGGACACUGUCAUCAGCUUCAGUAAUGACGUUCCACCACUUACCUGCUGCCGUCUCUGAUAUUCGGAAAAUCCGAAACACCAGGUGAGUAGAUUUCUUACGCCAUCGACCGAGUCUCCUCGUCAAUUGGUCUGUCACAAUUGAUUAUUUUCGGGCCUUCCACUUUUAAGCAUAUUACUUUCCCUCUCCGGGUCUCUGUUAAGUUAUCGACUGAAAACCCGUUAAGGAAGGUUGAUAUUCUAUCCUACGACUACGCGCUGUAGUGAGCCGCCCGGUUCGUGACUUGUCUGGAUCCAGAAUGGGCAUGACUCCCAAGCCGACAACAUGGCCAAGGUUUUCAGUGCAUUCUGCUUUUAGCCAGCGGUCGUGUAGAGUCCACACAUUUCUUCCAACUUCAUUGAUGUCAUUAUGCGCAUUGCAGAAGCGCGCUCUUCAAACUACUUUCGUGACAAUGGAUUCUGGGAUUCAUCUGACUGACACCAAACUACCACUCGAAAACUCCUGCAAAACAGUUUGAUUUUUAAAUGUACAUAGCCCCGAGGAUUUCUGGAUUGUUUGGGGGGCUGGGACGCAGUUUCGCUGAGUGGUUCCAUGAAACGCCAAUAGAUGUCUUAAUCUGCUUUCCAACGGAAAACCUCGCUCGCAUACGACUGUAAUGGUAAUUCACAUUGGGCAUAAUCAGAAGCUUGCUUCCUAUUUAGUGUCACCUCAUCUUUUAGGCUAGCAUAUUUAUUACCGCUCAUACAAAGCCUAUCGGGAAAUAUUGUUAUUUAGGCAGUAUGUACUUCCUUAACCGUGUAGCUUAUAUUUAAAAAGGAAGAGGUGCACAAAAGUGUAUUUCUUGCGGUCGUUGGGUGAGGAAUUUCGUCCUCCAGGAAAAUCCCAUCAAAAGGAAAGAUCAUGUGAACUUUAAACACGUAAUUGCCGUUCGGGAAGUCACCAAUAACUAUAAUGAAGGUGGAAAUUAAUCAAUCGUCGAAGGCAAUGUUGUUAGAAAGACUGUUAAGGCGCCUCCUGCACGCGUCCAGCUAUAUUUUGAAUCCAAUGCACUAAAUUACGCUAAUUGGGAGUCACGCCGCCAAGCGAAAAUGUUUAUCAGGUGACAGCUCGACCGUUGAUUUCGACGAUGUCCACCGUGUGCUACACAGCAAGGUGUAGCAGGCACGGUGACCUGCGCGCGAAUUAGUUUGUAGUAAUAGUAGACUUGCGCGGCAUCUACCUCAUUCUCCCUUCUCCACUGUGCAUCUGGACCGGGAGUGUGGGGCGCAGGUGGCUUGCACGACCGAAUCCGCACCUAGGCGGACCACCACACCCCCUGGUCCACAGCAUACACUUGACCAGGAUUUUUCACCAGCAACAACACUCCAACAAGGAUCAGAAGGACGAGGAUAAUGACUGGGCAGCCAUGCCCACCACCUGUAUACCCAGCGGGAGCCCAAGCGCAUCUACCGGCAGGGAACCAGGUGCCAGGGAACUGCCAGCACAUACCAGGCUGCGAGGGCCAUGGUGUGAUGAUACUGACAUAGCGCACGCUUUCAUACCUUUUGACCUAGACGGGCGGCUCCUGGCCCUGCACUCAGUUUGGGCCGUCACCCUUCAGGGGUGGGUAACCAAACAGCCGUCGACCGAGAGGCGCACUACCCAUAAAACACACAUACAAACGCAAACACUCCUCUCAUGCAUGAGUGUCACAGCUUGCUCGAGAAGGGGCCGUGACAACCUGGCUCUCAGUUCACCAAUCCACCACUACACACAGCUGGGGAGACUGCGUGGACUGAGUUGGGCGUCAGUCGGCUGCCUUCCGAGUCACGGUGCCCGACACACCGUCUUCGUCUCAGACUCUGAUCACACAGGCAGGUUAGGAGCCGAGACGCACACUUCCCACUUGCAUGGGAGGUAGCAGUUGGGGUUUAUCAGGUAGACAAUCAGCAACGCACCCGUUGUGUAACCUUAAAGAGUCUAGAUCCACACAAACCGCCUUUCAUUAUCAUCCCUUUUAAAUUAAUUAUAGACAGUUAUGUGGUAAUCAAAAGGGCGAAAUUGUCCGUCUUCCGACUGCUGGGGUAUGUCGAGCGAGAAGCCUGCUAGUAGAUAUAAGUAGAACUUCGCCAGCCACCAGCUGGUUUCGAAACUCUGCGUCACUAGACCGUGUAUAACGACCGAAGACUUUGAGGAUAGCGCACGCAGGACGAUAUAAACCACCUGGAAUAGCCCUUGGCUUAGAACGAUCAGAAGAGAGUUGUCAGGCACGUCAUUGCACUAAUCCAGGCAACAUGCGGGUACAAAAAUAUAUGUAAUAGGAACAGAAGGGAAUUUACUUUACAGAGUAGUGGUUAAUGGUUCAAGAAGGGACGAAUUGCAUUCGGGAGAUGAUCAGCUAAACAACCAGUGGGGAGUGCAACAUUGUAGGAGAAAUCGGGGGAGGGGGAGAAGUGUGGAAAGUGCUGAGGUACAGAGCGGGGGAAGUCGGCACUUGCGAGGGAAAGGGCACCGGCUGUCUGCAUCGAUAUGCGGUUACACCAUCUCCAUUCUGGAUCUGCACCAAGAGUCUUCACUCAAUUCAUCUAUUCCUAACCAGGUUUAUACAGUAAUCUGCAUCACGGUAGGAUAGCGAACGGUGAAAAACGAUGAAUGAGGUUGAGACUGUGUAGACAUGUCACUGUAACGCGACAUGGUGGGAUGCAGGGACUCAGCUUGACCGGAGGGCCUGGAUGAAGGGUUGAGUUGGCUCACUGUAUGGACACGACCUCCGCCAUCUCAGGUAUCCGUCGAAGCGGACAUCUGGUUUCUCCCUUGUCCUCUGUCACGUGUCAUCCCUUACUCGGGACAGCUUUAGCAAAAGUCUGUAGUGUUCUCCACUUUUUGUGUCUUGUUAGUCAUGUUUGUGGAUGCACCUGUGUCCUCGUUCUCGUCUUUAUGCCUCUUGCAUCCUUUUUGUUUUCUUUCAGACCGCUGAUUUCCAAGAGAAGUUAUCACGCCUGCCUAAACUGCCCGAAGUGAGGCUGUUUGUGCGGGCGGCCGUGUCUGAGCGCGACCGCAUCGGUGCCUGUCUCAUCUGUCAGCAAUGGCUAAUGGUCUUCCGAACCAUGGUUGAAGCCAACCUUAUCAAGUUGGAGGUGGUUCCCAUCAGCUACGACUACGAACCGGAUGACUACAAGUGUCUGCAUGCCUCCAAACGCCUGCCUGCUGCCUUCCUACCCGACUUCCAGCUGGCCGCCUCCACUACAGACGAACUGGAAACCCUGUUGAGCAAGUUUCAGUACGAUCGUAUGAAGUUGCCGUUUGAAGAGGAGGCUGUUGGCGCGGCCUUGCGCUCCUUCAUUGACGUCUACCUGACUAUGGUCGGUUUUGUGCGUAACAACGCUGAGAGGCCUCUGCUGACGGCCCUGCAACAGCUGGAGGACUACCUGCAGAGUCAUGGCACCCGCUACCUCCUGGGUGAUGAACCCACCUUCGCAGACUGCAUGCUGAUGCCGAAGUUGCAGCACUUGCGUGUCAUACUUCGCGCCUGCAAGCAGUGGGACAUACCACUGGAAUUCGUGAACGUUUGGAAGUAUGUCAAGUCCAUGUACGAGACACCUGUCUUCACGGUCUGCUGCCCCUGCGAUCGGGACAUACUGAUGCACUACAAGGACAAGAAGGCUCUGAACAUUCCCGAACACUUGCUGAAGCAGGCAGCAGACACUUAUCUGCACGCCUGUCCGACCCAGUUGCCGGCCUAG